CUAUGGUAGUAGCAUGAUUGCUUGAAAACAGCUUUUAUCUUUAAUUUCUAUCCGUGUUGCAGGACCAGCUCUUUGGCGAUAAAGGGACACACAAAGAUGUUACUGUAUUCAUUACGGACGGCUAUUUUUUGCGGCAGCCGAGAUGCUGGAAAGCUCUUUAAACAUAGCAAUCGGAGUCCACUGUUGCGACAGUGGCUCAUGAAGAGACACCAGAACACAGCCAGAGGUCAGACAGGUCCCUCUUCCAACUCAGUAGCUGUUACUGUUCCCAACGCAGCUACAAAUCGGAUUGUAGGUCGCUGGCUACUUGGCUGCAGCGGGCUGGUAGUUGGAGCAAUCGUCUUGGGAGGUGUUACAAGACUAACAGAAUCAGGGCUUUCCAUGGUUGACUGGCAUCUGGUGAGGGAGAUGAAGCCCCCGCAGUCACAAGCAGAGUGGGAAGCUGAGUUUUCCAAGUACCAGCAGUUUCCUGAAUUCAAAAUAUCGAACCGUGACAUGACACUGGCAGAGUUUAAAUUUAUAUUCUACAUGGAGUGGGCUCAUCGUAUGUGGGGCAGGCUGGUUGGACUGGCGUACAUUCUACCCACCGUCUACUUCUGGAGGAAAGGAUACUUCACCCGUUCGAUGAAGGGACGAGUGCUGGGGCUUUGUGGAUUUGUCUUCUUCCAGGGUCUUCUGGGUUGGUACAUGGUAAAAAGUGGCCUUGAGGAGAAACCAGAGUGUUAUGACAUACCCCGUGUCAGUCAGUAUCGUCUGUGUGCUCACCUUGGAUCAGCAUUACUGCUCUACAUCGCCAGUCUGUGGACGGGACUGACCAUGCUGCUCCCUGCACGCAAGCUGGAAGAAACCAAGCAUCUCGUCCAGCUCAGGAGGUUUGCUAAGGGGGUUGGUGGACUUGUCUUCCUCACUGCUCUUUCAGGUGCUUUUGUUGCUGGUUUGGAUGCUGGGCUUGUUUAUAAUACGUUCCCUAAAAUGGGAGAUCGAUGGAUUCCAGAUGAUCUUCUCGCUUUCUCACCCAAUGUCAUCAACGUGUUUGAAAACCCCACAACUGUUCAGUUUGACCACAGAAUUUUGGGGGUUACCUCGUUGGCAGCAAUCACAGGUCUGUAUCUAUACUCAAGAAGGAUGAUUCUGCCGAGCCGGGCGAAGAUUGCAAUCAGCCUACUUGCAGCAGUGGCUUAUGGACAGGUCGCUCUUGGUAUCAGUACCCUCUUACUUUAUGUUCCCACUCCAGUGGCAGCAACCCACCAGUUUGGCUCUGUGGCACUUCUUUCACUGGCCAUUUGGGUCCUGGCAGAGCUUCGCAAAGUCCCCAAAUAAGUGUAUUUAUUUCUUUUCAAGGACACAUUCUGCUAGCCCUGUGUUGGGCUUCCAAGAGACAUUGUGAAGGAGUUGUUCAAAAGAAAAAGGGAAGCACUAAAAAUAAAUGUUAUUUCCUCUUUCAUAUUGAACUGCAUGUGCAUCUGUCGUAGCACAUGGUGCUUAGCAUCACAUGUGAACAACAUGCUGUGGAAAGCAAAUAUUUCACCAAAGUGCCAUUUGAAUGUUGUGCUUAAAAAUGUUGAACAUGUUAAAAUUAUUAGUGAAGAAAUAACUCUAUGGAUGCUUGUUGCACUGAAUUAUCGUGACCAAAAAUGCAGAAAACUAUGAAU